ACGCUCGCACCGAAACAAUCCGACGUGGUGACACGCGCGUUAGAUGUCCGAUGUCGUGUGCUGCGAAAAUAUUUGGGAAAAUGGAUCGACUCACGCUUUGAGGGAUGAAAGAUCAUUUUUCUCCUUAACCCUUUCUGCUCCGAGAUCUGCGAACAAUCGAGACGAUGAUGCGCCAGGUGACAAGCAGUGACUUCUGCAUGAAUAGCAGGCCGUCAUGCCUAGCUGAGGACAGCCACCACCCCACCUCCCACUUUGACCUGUGCACCUCCCAGUCCAAUAAGUUCUACCCUCCUCCCCCUCCGUCGUCGCUUCAGAUGACGCUGACGCCCAUGGCCUUACCCACCCAGAGCCACAAGCCCAUGGUGUGCCAGAGACAGGAAGUGCUAGGGGGUGACCACCGCUCACCUGGAAAACUACCAGGCAUUAAAAGCACUGAUCAAGCACCAGACGACCCCAAGAAGAAGAACAAGGCUGCUGGGAAGACGGGCAGACGCGGGAGGCCUUUGGGAACCACCAAGCUAGCCGGAUACAGAACCAGCACGGGGCGACCCCUCGGCACCACCAGAGCUGCUGGUUUUAAGACGAGCCCGGGAAGGCCUCUAGGUACGACCAGAGCAGCGGGUUACAAGGUCAGCCCUGGACGGCCUCCUGGCAGCAUCAAAGGCCUCUCUCGCCUCAACAAACUGGCUUAUGGUAGCAACUGCAGCGGAGCGGCUUUCCCUUAUCCUCUACCACACAAAGAAAUCCUCUGUGAACCUUCCUGCAAAGAGAAGACAGCUAAUGAGUAAAAGCUCUACCCUCUUUCUACUCGCCCUCCAUCAGUGGAAUAAGAGACGCAUGUGUACAGGUUUCCUGCCAGAUACUGGGGGUGACUGUAUUCUUUCUCAGACUGCCCUGAGACUGAGAGGAGGAAAUUUUCUAUGAUUUAUGUUGGUGUCAUCUGUGUGCCUGCCACCUGAUAUAAUACUGUUAGUUUUCAGUGCUACUGCUGGAGAUCUAAAGCCUGUGAAAGGUUUGAACUACUCAUUGCUGUAUCUGUGUUCUUGGGGAAAGAAGUAAAACCAGAUGUUCAUGGAGCAAAGGUAGUGUGAACAACUGUAGUGUGAAUUCAUGACAAGUUAAAUUUUCAGUGUGCUAUAUGUAGCAUUUUAACAUCAACAAAGGGUUAAAACAUCCAUUUUAAAACGUUUAAUUUCUGUGAACAAAGGAGACCAUCGUUGAGAAGAUUUGCUGGGAUUUACACCACGAAACAAGGAUAAAUUUUACUUUGUAUGUUCAUCACACUACAGUUUGAAUAUCCUAUUAGCUAAUGUUGUUGGAUAGUCACUCUUGUUCUUGCACUUGCUCUUUAAAGGGGCAAUGUGUAAGAAAAGUUGGGGAUUAAGUGUCUUGCUCAAUGGCACUUCAUCGUUAGAUGUACAGAUAAUCCCUCAGGCUAACAGCACCCCACAACUGAAAUCGAAUUAAUUCAACCUUUCACAGCUACAGACUUCACAUUAAAAAGAAACAUGACUCCUGCUAAUAAACUCUUAGACUGUUCACUCUCUAAAGGUCACCUCACAAAAUGUCUACAUAUUAUUUGCAUGCAAAUAUUAUGAAAGCAGCUGAGUCAACUCACAGAUUCUUGUGAGAAAUUCAACUCCAAACAAAAUUUUGCAGCAGCUCAGUUCACCUCCUGCUUUUUAUUACAGCCUCCUAAAAAUUGGUUAAUGUGGACUGCGGUUGCCUCAUUUGCUCGUUAAUCACCAUGGAAAAGUUUCUUUGUGAGUAAACAUGUGGAAGAGCAGUGUUUAUAUGUUCUGCUUGAUGCUUGAUACUUGAUCGCUCUUCUUAAUAGUAAAAUCUGAGGUAGCUCAGCUUGGCCACCAGACAGUUCAAAAAGUCUACUCGCUGUUAGACUCACUGUAAAAAUGGGAAACUUGUUUGUGUACUUCUGGUGGAAAUGGUUUUGUUAGCUUGCCAUGGGACGGGUGCUGCUACAGUUACCAAAAUUACACGUCUUAUAUCUGUUUUUGUACACAACCCCAUUUUUUUCCUCAGAUUUACGUAAUACCCCAAAUUUCUCAAAAGCAUCUGUGUUUAAUUUUGUCUCACAUUAAAGCAGCAAAAGAAAAGCUUCACCUAAGUAAAAUACUGUCUUAAAUUAGCAACAUUGUGAUUUAAAUCUGGUAAUAUCUGAUAAAAGAAUAAGUAAACAGGACUAAAAAUCUGACAAUAUAUUUAUUUCCAACUUUCGAUACCUGACAAUUUUUGAUUCCUCCUGCUUAGAUAUAUUUUUGUUCAGUUUUACAGCCAGUCUUAAAAUGUCUCUCAGCAAUAUUUCUAAGAAGUUUAUUUUGUGGUUAUUAUCAAAUCCAACUAAAUUUUAUCAUUUUUCUUGUAAUGUCCCAACUCAUACAACAAAAUCUGGCCAAAUCAGGUCAGUUUCAUAUCUUUGUGACUCCUAAUAGAUAUAUACUGAGAGAGACUACAUUGCUUUACUUUGUCUCUUCACAUUGUAAUGAAAGUCUGUCCCCCAAAGAAAGACUGUAUCUUUUGUGUUAUACAUAAAAAACCACUGGAUGCAUAUUUAGUCUGAAAAAAAAAAAAAAACUUAGUGAAGAAGCAAAGUUCAAAUACAGAUAAAGGUAGUUUUUGCUUUAAUGUCACAUUUGUCCCAAGAAAAUUCAAAAUAUCAUCUUUGCAACAUGAAUGUGUCGCUGAAUGCACUGACGAUGAUUGAUAUGGCAUUUACAUUGUAGUUGUAAAAAAUAUUUUACCCAAACUAUCUUAAAAAACAUUUAUUAUUAUUAUUAUCAUUUAUUUGAUGUGACAUUUGUGUGACAGAUAUUUACAUAAACUAAAGCACCAAUUAUGUUAUUCGUUUUUGUUGCACACAUUUAAUGCUGAGGAAGUUAUCGUGAACAAAUGAGACCGUCACUGAGGAGGCUGUCACCCACUGCUGGCCGAUAUUCUGCAUUUUUUUUUUUUUUUUUUUUACCAUGUGAGCCGGUGGGAAAUCUGCAGACAGACCCUGUUCCUCCAGAGCAAAGAGCCAAACCUGUUGGAGACAGAGGAGAACAGUUAACAGUAAAAAGAAAAAUUACUUCCAGACUGUUCGUCCUCGUCAACAUGUGCCAGAGAAUAACAACUCAUAGCUAUGUUUGUGGAGACUAAUGGAGUAUUUAUGACCACUGCCACAGGGUGUGGUAGUGGCUAAUCAUCUCAGUAAUGGUCUCAUUUAUUUACAAUCAUCACACCAAGUUAUAACAAUGUUUUAAAAUUUUGAAUUAAGUAUUCAUGUUUUAAUUUCUACAUGUUGCUUCUUACUUUGCACAGUCAAUCCGUCAGUAUAAAAAAAAAAUCACAAGGUCAAAUCAUCUGAUUUUUUUUAAUGUUGCUAUUUAUUAUGUUGUGUUUUUUUUUUAGGUACAUUAUCAUAACCCUGUAGAGGACUUGGAUUUGACUCUUGGGGAAGCUGGUGUUUUUGUGAAAUGUUGAUGUAACAUGAUAUAAUUUAGUUCAAACAGGCUUAAGGACAAAAAUGAAGAGAUGCAAUAGUUUAAUUGGUUUGACAUUAGUUAUUUCACAGCAUGCUUAAUGCAUCGUAAAUACAGUCAAUCACAUGUAGUCAAAUACAAUUUUGAUCCAAAAUAACCGGUUGGCUAUUGGACUACUUGCCACUCUAUUAUAUACAACUUGCCCUGAUGAUCAUUCAGUUUUUGGUAUGAGUGGAGUGAAGAAAUAAUACAGCUUCACUGAGUUGCUCUCUCAUGACAGAAUUUUAAAUUGUUCAAUUUGGUGCAAUAAUCUGUCGUAUGUAUUGUACUGUGGAAACUUUGAUACUAUCACUUUUUAUUAUUGUUGUAUUUUGAUACUGGUGUACAGGGCCUUUUAUCACUUGUUUUGUUGAUGUGUGUAGUGUUAACAGAAGUUACUGAAAUGUCACAUACAAACAUCCUUUUCAUUCUCCUUUACCAAAGAAUAUGAUGCUAUCUAACUGUAGGUAUUUAUGCUAUUUGAUUUCAAAAAAUAUUCCGACAUCUCACAAAAUAACCUUAGCAUGAAAACUCCUGUUUGAAAUGUAAAUGAAAAAGCAUUUGGAGACCGCUACCCCAUAAAAAGAUAGUGUUAUUGUAGGAUUCAUACAAUAAUUGUUGCUUCUGAAGCUCUAACCGUGCAGGUGUACGCGUUUCACGGCUCAAAUGACUGAAAUGGCAGUUUCUUGAAUGCAUUGUAAAUUGCAAGACAUUGACAAUGUAAACUUAAUUCUUUACAUUUCUUUGUUUUUAUAUCCACUGUUAUUCUAUGUUGAAAAAAGUUCUCUUUUCAUAUAUAAUUCUUAUGUAGCCAUGUUUAACAUGUAACUGAUCAUUUUUGGUUGAGGUUAUUACUGACAUGAUGCCUGGCUGUCCCAUAUUCUGAGGUUUGUG